AUGUUUUUCAACAAGUCCAACCUUUACACACAUCAGAGAUCUCACACAGGGGAAAAGCAGUAUUCCUGUCCUGAGUGCGGGAAAUGUUUUUUACAGAAGUCCAUCUUUACCACACAUCAGAGAUCUCACACAGGGGAGAAGCCAUAUUCCUGUCCUGAGUGCGGGAAAUGUUUUUCAAAGAAGUCCAUUCUUUACGUACAUCAGAGAUCUCACACAGGGGAAAAGCCGUAUUCCUGUCCUGAGUGUGGGAAAUGUUUUUUCAAAGAAGUCCCAUCUUUACACACAUCAGAGAUCUCACACGGGGGAGAAGCCAUAUUCCUGUCCUGA